AUGAACGUGCUCAGCUAUGUGCACGUGUUCAUGUGUCGCCACAACGACCUGGCCUGGAACGUGAGAAAGUUCCUCCACAACAAGCUCCACUCCUUUAAUUUGUCUCAAGAUCUCACCCAAGAAAAGCCUUGGAAGAAAUCACCUUUCUCCCACACGGACCUGCCGCGGCUUCGGAGAGGCAUGGUGGCGGCGCAGUUCUGGUCUGUGUACGUCCCCUGCGAAGCGCAGUACCUCAACACAGUGCAGCUUUUGUUGGAGCAAAUCGACGUGGUGAAGAGAAUGAUAGCGGCGAGCCCCAGGGACACCGUUCUCGUCACGUCUUCGUCAGGGAUUAAGGAGGAGUUCAAGCGUGGGCGUGUGGCCAGCCUCAUGGGCGUUGAGGGCGGCCAUGGGUUGGGCAGCAGCAUGGGCGUCCUGCGGUCACUGUACGACCUGGGCGUGCGGUACGUCACUCUCACGCACAAGUGUCAUACUCCGUGGGCCGAAUGCUCCGAGAGAGGAGGCCACCCGCCCAACACACGCGGCUUGACGCCCUACGGGAAGGCCAUGAUCCGAGAGAUGAACCGCCUCGGGCUCAUCAUCGACGCCUCCCACGCCUCCGCCCGCACCGCCAAGGACGUCCUGAGGACCACUCGCGCGCCCGUGGUCUUCUCCCACUCCGCCGCCCGCGCCAUCUGCAGGAUCGACAGGAAUAUUCCCGAUGAUAUCCUGAGUUCUCUGGCGGAGAACGGAGGCAUCGUGAUGGUGAGCUUCUACAACGAGUUCCUGACAUGCGGGAAGAGAGCGGAGAUCAAAGACGUCAUCGACCACAUCAACCACAUACGCACCAUGGCGGGAGUGGAUUAUGUGGGAAUCGGCGCUGGGUACGACGGUUUCAACAGCACGCCAAGAGGUCUGGAAGACGUGUCCAAGUACCCCGAACUCUUCGCCGAGCUCCUGCAGGACCCUUCGUGGUCACUACAAGACCUCAAGAAGCUAGCUGGACUCAACCUGCUCCGCGUCUUCAGUAGGGUUGAACAGGUACGGGAAGACUUGGCUCUCGAAAAGGUGUCCGAAGAGAUCAUUCCCAUUCACGACAUCGACAACAGGUGGCCGUGCAGAUACAAGUUCGCCAGCCUCGAGGACACACGCACUUGACCUGCUCUCCGUUCUUUUGGCUUAGGUGGGGAUCCUCUGUAAUAGACGAACCCCCUUGGCUACAACGAAGAAGCGAUGUGAUGUUUGGGAUCGGAUUCUAAGUUUGUAGGAGAGUUAUAACGGCGCGGCGGUUUGUAUUUUUUUAUCUUUCCUUUUUAUUUCAUUUAUUUUUUUUUUCGCUUUUUUUUUUUCUUCUUCCUUAUGAGCAUCUUUGGUUUGUUAUGUAGAGUGGUUUCAGGUUAUUCUCUUUUGGAUUACUGAUACAUAUUUUUCUUUGUUUGUUUGUUUGUUUGUUUGUUUUUGCUUAUACGUAUAUCACCCACUAUAUAAAACAGUAAAAGUUACAAUGAUUCAAUGAUUUUAGAAAUUAGUUUUUAUCAUUUUACAAGACAAGGCAAUAAACCUGUUUGACAGACAACAUGUUUUGUUAAUAAAACGCUCAACUAAAGGUGGUGCUAGUAAAUAGAUAUAUAAAUACCAAGAUAAUUAACAGAUUUUCUGUGAUUUUUUUUCUAAUACUUUUUUUUCUGUCAUACAUUUGUUUGCUUGUUUUUUUGUUUUUUUUAUUAAAGUGCGUAUUUGUCAAAUUGUCUCACAUUUAAAACUUUCUGUGCACAAAUAGUAGAAACCUAGAAAAAAAUAAUUUAUAUGAUAAACUUACAUUAAACAUUAAAAUCUACAUGUAUACAAUUAUAGAAAAGAAGUGUAUAAAAUGUACAUUGUUUCUUCCUUUUUCUUAAAAUGAAAUAACCGAGAACCUUUGAUGUAACAAUUACUUUCCAGAGAGCAUUUAGUGCUGGUUAAAAGUAUGGAGCAAAAACAUGUUUCGUGAGUUAAUUCCGUUGUAUGAAAAAGUGGAAAUUUGUCCAUGCACUUUUUCCUUCUUUCUUCCAGAAAAUGAUAUUUUUACCUUUUUACGCCAAACUACACAUGGGUUACAUGACAGCUGGAUGUUUUAUGGAACUGUAGGUAGAUGAUCGUUUAAUAAAAUAAUAUAUCAUAUUUAUAAUUGAUAACUGUCGUAACUUGAUCUUUGAAAGAACGAGAUCUCUAGUUAUAUUUUGGCGAGUAAACUCUACCAAGAUUUUUGGCUCCAGGGUGUUCUUCGAAGCAAGAUUCACAAAUCAAGGAUUGAAAGAGCAGCCUGAACAGUGCCCUACUCACCUGUUCUACGGCCUCCUCCUCCCCCCUUCCUAAUACAAAUCAUCAAGUAGGCCUCUGAACCUAGAGUGAAAAAUCUGUUAAUAAUGUUUGCAUAUCAAUUUUCCGUCAAAAUACCUUAGCAUAGAUUGCUCGCCAAAAUAUACCGUCGCUAUAUCUAUGUUCGGAAAGGCGACAGAAAAAAAAAAUAUUUGUAUUUACAGUUCGUAUGAAUGAAUGUUAAUCCAUUUGUUAAAAUUCUAGAAUGUUGUGUAUAUACUUAAUAUGAAUAAGAAAUCAAUAGUUGACGCAUGUCAUCUCUCGAUUGUUGAAUAUUUUAUGAAACAAAGAAAAAUAUGUCUAUGUAAAGCUUAAAGCUCACUUAUUUUAUCAUUUCAUAUUUGUCAUCAAUAAAUAAAUGAAUAACCAAUA